AACUAACGAUUUAUUAAAAUAUAUACAUAUUAUAUGCAUAUUAUGAUAUAAAUAUAUAAUGUACAGUAAAGUUGUUCACCAUAGUUCGUCGAACUUGAACACAGAACAGUCUGUCACAGAAUAAAUAUUAAUAUUCUGUGUAACUGCCUAAAUGCCGUAGUGCCGUCCGUCGCAUUAUCACUUAGUUAAUAAUCAAUUUAAUCUAAUUUUCAUAUUUUAUAUUAAACCGUAAAACCUAUACAGUGUACAGUCGCGAUUGUCUGAUAGAUUGCAUGUCCUGAAGUGAUCAAUUUUAUUAUUUUCGUAGUGCUGUCAAAAAAUGAUGUGUUAUCAGUUAACGUUGUCGAAUACUCGAUUGUAGAAUCGCUGUAGUUGUCGUAAUAAAAUAAUUGUCAUUUGUACUACUUAAGCAGUACAUCUUACAAUAUUAUAAGUAAAAUGUUGGAUGCACAAGAACCAAAGUCUAAGAGGCCAGCUGAUACAGCAUUCAAACAACAACGAUUACCUGCAUGGCAACCAAUUCUAACUGCACGCAAUGUAAUGCCCAUAUUCUUUGCAGUUGCUGCAGCAUUUGUUCCAAUUGGCAUAGGUUUACUAUAUCUUACAAAUCUGGUUCAAGAAUUUACUCUUGAUUAUACCCACUGCAAAAAUAUUAAUAAUUUGAGUCAAUCAUGUGCAGAUUUCAUUCAAAGCAAUCGUAACUUGUCUUGUAAUUGCAUUAUUCCAUUUAAAUUGGAAGAAGAUUUUUCUCCUAAUGUUUACAUGUACUAUGGAUUAACCAACUAUUACCAAAACCAUCGGCGCUAUGUAAAAUCAAGGGAUGAUUUUCAAUUGCUUGGAAAACUUAGCAAAACUCCAUCUAGUGACUGUGCACCAUUUGAUUAUCACAACAACAAGCCAAUUGCUCCUUGUGGUGCUAUUGCCAAUUCAUUAUUCAGUGAUAACUUAUCAUUGAUGUACAAUGAAAAAAAAGUUCCAUUACUUCGAACUCAAAUUGCUUGGGAAUCUGAUAAAAAUAUUAAAUAUCAAAAUCCAGUACAUCCUAGAGGAAAUUUGAAAGAAGCAUUCAAAGAUUUUGAAAAACCAAUUGACUGGCGUGUGAAUAUAUGGGAAUUGGAUACAGAAAAUCAUUUAAACAAUGGUUUUGAAAAUGAAGAUUUGAUUGUUUGGAUGCGAACCGCUGCACUUCCUGAUUUUCGCAAAUUAUACAGACGUAUUAAUCAUUCUAAUGAGUUUAAAAACGGCUUACCUAAAGGAGAUUACAAAUUAGUUAUAGAAUAUAAUUAUCCAGUAGCAGGCUUUGGUGGAACAAAAAGUUUGAUACUAUCCAACACUUCAUUUACAGGGGGCAGAAAUUUAUUUCUUGGAUAUGCUUAUAUUGUUGUUGGAUGUUGCUGCUUUUUGUUGGGGUUAAUGUUUUUAAUUCUUCAUAUCAAAUAUAAGCCCAGUGGAAACACAGGAGAUAUUACCAUUGUUUCUCCAUCAACAUCUUAUCAGUGAUUCAGCAUAAUUAUUUCUUUAUUAAAGAAAUAAUUUCUUGCGUUUUCUGCACGUACAAAUUUAAUUAGGCUGUGCUUAAAUUAGCAACUAAUGAGCUUUAUAAGACAAUGUGAUAUACAUAAAAAAAUCAUAUUUUAAUUUAUCACAAUUCUAUAUCCACAAUCGACCAAUAUCUAAUUUAUUCUAUAAUGUACUCAUAAGUUAAAUUAUUUUAGCAUAAAAUAUAUCUUUAAUACAUAUAACACCAUAUAACUUAA